AUGUUACACGAGAAACUUGAAGAAUAUAACAGUGCCUUUGAAAAAGUCAUGGAAGAGCUUGAAGAGCCUGAAAUUCCAGAAGAUCCAAAAAGUUCUGCCCCAUCAACAACAGAUGAAACCCGCAAAAAAAGUAGAGGGCAAUAUCAAAAGCCUAUGGAUAAAUAUAUAAAAAAGCUUCUUUAUCUCUACUUCAUAAGGGGAUUAACUAUCGAAAAAGCCAGCAAGAUAAUACUUGCUUUAUUAUCUUAUAACUGCAGCAUAAGGAUAAAAAUUUUGAGUGCCAUGUACCCUUCUGCCAAUAGUAAAAGGGGGGAGCAAAUUCAGAUGACAAUAGGAGCAAAUUCAGUUGACAAUGGAUGCAAAUUCAAUUUCUAUGGAAGCUAA